CUUUCGAAGGCCGCCAUGUAAGGGCUCGGCUUAAAUCUUAAUAGAGGAAAGACAAAUAGUUCAUGGGAUGCAGGUUUUAAAUACUGACAUUUUUGCUUAGCAUGGCUCAGGUAAGAGAAGAAGUUACAACGUGGCAUAGGUCCUUGGGUCCUUGAGCCAUUUUUUGGUCUGAAAUGCAGUCUUUGCAGACCAAAGUUGUUACGUACUCCCUCCAUCCCAUAAUAUAAGGGCGUUUGUUUUUGACACUACACUGGUGUUAAAAACGCUCUUAUAUUUUGGAGAUGAUGAGAUGGGACUUCCCUCCAUGAUGAUAGAUUAGCAGCAUUCCAGUGUUGGAAAGUAAGAAUGGCACACUGUGUCAUCCUCCAAUGCAUUCAUGGGAACGGCAUUUUGAGUAUGGUUUCUCCGCCACUUGCAAGGGCCAACAAUAUUUGACAGUUGGGUAUGCAAUGCUCCUUCCCAUUCAGCUAUAUUGGUCCUUACUGUAAGAUUUAUGCUAGCAGUUGUUAGUUACCCCCAACAGCUCUCGACUUGCGGCUGGCCUUGAAAAUCAUGUCAUGUGUGAUCAGUUUGGUUCCUCGUGUCAUCGGGCAUUCCUAAACGUGCAUGGAGCGAACCAACUACUCGCUUGGACGAGCUUGGUUCACGGUGAUCGGCCUACACAUCACUGCGGAAUCCUAGACAGAUCCGUCCCGGGGGAUUCCAUGAUCGAGGAUUUCGGUGGGCAUUUCUUCUUCGUCGGUUCGCGUGUUGACACUUGCUUUGAAUGGUGUCGCUGAUCGAUGGGUUCGGCGCACGCAGUCCACGUGAUGUGUUGGCUCACGUAGGAUUCUACUGCUCGGCUCACUCACGCCGAGCAAAAAAAGAAAAAAAACAAUUUUGUUUUAUUUAAACACAAGAUGAUGAAACACCACCUUCGAAUUUGGUCUAAACGUUGCUGAAAGGUGCAUGAAAGGAAAUAACUUUUGCCGCGUUUCAAAAAGUAGGGCCACAAGUGAUUGUUGUAAUUCGGCCAUUGGCCUUAACCUCUUAAACUUCUCUCUUAAUCAAUGAAAAUGAAAAAUCUUUUGCCGCGAUUCUAAUUUCUUUUUAAAGAAAAUAACUAAUUGUCAAAAGGUGGCCAGUUUUGGUAGGAACAAACAUCUAAACUGAGUUUCGUCAGGACCCACGCACUGCAGCUUGCGUUGGAUGAACCGAGUUUUUUUUUGUGAGGAAGCUGAACUUAGUUUUUUUUUUCAAAUAGGAAACUAAACUUAGUUGUUUGAAUUUUUACUUUUUGAUUCACUACAAGUAGGGCCAUGCCCGAGAACUAAACAGUAAGCUCCGGCGUACAACAAACUACAACAUUACACUUAAUUACCGAGAUGGGUACUGAAACAUUAAUAACGUAAAUAAAACAAACAAACCAAAAAACCUUUGGUACGGAGCAUAAAGCUCCACAAGAAUCGUUCUCACCUAAAUUAAGCUGGCAUGCAUCUAAGUAACCGCUAAUAACUACCACAGAACCCGCCCAACUAACAAUAGCAUGCAUGCAACCACCACAAAAAAAAUUAACCUCUUUCAGCACUCUCCUCUCUACCACCAGUCCGCCCCACACAUCCACAAAAAUACCAUCCCUCUCGUCCCAGCAGGGCAUGCCACUGACCAUUAUAACCGCCAGGAGAUCCUCCCCAUUCCCAUUCCCAUCCGCACCACCACCCCCCACACUCCCCCGCGGUACAGGCGCAGCAGCACGCCAUCACGGGCAUGGGCGCCACUGAGCCGUCGUCCGCGCCACCGCACCGCCCCGUCAGCAUGUCGUCGUGCAUGCCCUCCCCCUCCUGGUCGCCGCCCGGGCCCGGCGGCCGGCACCGCGCCGCCGUCGUGGUGCGGCGCCUGCAGGUGGCGGCGCGCGACGCCAUCCCGGGCGUGGGCUGGUGCGGGCACCGCGCGUGGCGCAAGCUGCUCCGGCGGUUGGCGCAGGAGACCCGGUGCAUCUGCAGCUCCCCGGCGCCGCCCUCCAGGCCCAGCACCUUCGGCUACGACGCCGUCAGCUACGCCAAGAACUUCGACGACGGGCGCUCCCACGCGCCCCACGCCCUCCCCUGCGCCGCCGCCGCCGACAAGCAGGCCCGCCGCUGACUCGUCCUCGAUCCUCCCGAUCCCUUUCUUUUGCCUCGUGCAUGCAUGGUUGCCCAUCGCUCUCGCCGAUGCGCGCGUAUUUCUAUCUGUUUUUGCUCCUUGUUUUCGUUGAUCCGAUUUGGUGCUGUGAUGGCCGCCCCGAUGCCCGUCCCUAGGGAUCUUUGUAAUCUGUACAUAGAUCGAAUGGAGAUAACACGAGUGGCGCUUGGCCAAAUGUAGGUCCUGCAUACUUGUUAAUUUGCUCCUUGGAGCAAUGGGUCUGUGUCUGUCUGUACGAAAAAGUCACUUUCAGUCAUUCAUAUACAAAUCCUUAAUCAUGGAUGAUGAGAGAAA